GUACGUAGUCCAAGUCAUAACAAUGUACGCGUAUACACAACUAGAUCACAUUGUUUUCGGCCGGCUGUUCGUAGUUAGAUAAUAUCAUUGAAUAUUUGGAGGUUAUAUGGUGGUACCACUGUCACCACAAAUAUAAUAAUAUUAUGGCAAAUUUUUUAUAUCACUGAUAAGAGUGAUGACCUACAAAAAUAUUUACAAUUUAGUAUAAUAUUAUUUAAUUUUAAUUUGAUUUUAGUAUUUUACAAUACACUACUCACUGGUCUCUGCGUUUUCGGGCGGACAACGAAAUUCGUAUGUAUAAUCCGUGUUAGAACCAACAGGAUAAUUAGUUCAUGAACUAUAGCGUGGUUCGUGAAUCGUGGAAGGUCGUUUGCCUUUAGGUAAAUAAAAUCGUCUAUAGGAAAUUGGAAUGUACCAACAGUAUCUGCUAAAGAAUUUGAUGAUCUAAUAACUUGUCUGUAGGAUAAAUCAUUUAUUGCCUACAAAAAUGUAUAACAUAACUAGUAUUUUGGAGUAUAGAAACGUAAAAGGUCAGCAGCUAAAAGUUAAACUCGAAGGAACACAAUAUGAAUAUUUCAAUGGGCGCCCUGACUGGACAACUAUUACGUUGGGGGAUUUAAAUAUGUUCAUUGCGUAUACUUAUCUCGGAUCGCCCUUUCAAAACAAUGACGAGAUCAAUGAAGAAUUAUUGGAAUCUAUUAAUGGAAGCAGUGAAUUGUUCAAUCAAUACACUGAUAAUCAGAAACAACACAUUUUGAAAAUUUCCAGAACUAUCAAAAACGUCAUUGUCAAGGAUCAAUGUGACUCAAUUACAAUUGAUGUUGGAAAAACAAUUGUAUUUUAUAUUUGCAAAGAAAAAUAUGAGAAUUGGAAAAUAUUUUUUGAAAAAGACAUUCAACAAUCGGAUAUAUUGAGAAUAAGAAUUAAUAAAUCACAAACAUUCUAUUAUGAUUUAAAAGCCAAUAGAUUGUAUAAAAGUUGGGGAAAGUAUUUGGAAAAUAAUACUUUACCCGAAGGAUAUAUGUUUUACCCAAUGUCAGGCAUUUACAAUGAAGCAUGUUACUUGCAAAGAAAAUUAACUCCGUCUAGUAAUGUAACAAAAAAAAUACUGAACGGUUUGGAUGUUGUAGGUAAAGUAUCCUCAGUUACAUCAUGUGCCUUGUUAGUGGGUGGCAUAUUUGUUCCCGUUAUGGCACCUGUUUUAUUACCAGCGGCUGCUGUAGCAGCUGGAUCUUCCGCGUGGGAUGCUGGGAGGCAAAUUAACAGUUUGGUCGAUAGAGGACAACACAACCAAUCUUUAUCUGACGCCGAAGCGGGAAAACAUUGGCUAAAUCUAACAAUUUCAACAUUAGGAGUUAUUACCGCUCCACUGACUGCUGGAGUUAAAACACUUGAACUGAGCGGUUCAUCAAUUAUUGCAUCAAAGUUUGGGAAACCCCUAUUAAUGUUAAAAAACGGGGCUUGUAUUACUCAAUGCUCAUUAAAUAUUAUCGGUAUAACAUCUGAUGUUGUAUACAGUGUUAAGAAGAAAAAAUUAUGGCUUAAAAUGCUUUCGUACCUACAACUGGAUCUAUUCGAUGUCACGGGAAAAUGGAUGUCAUGGUCAACAGUUAAAAAUAUUUUUGAUAUUCUCGCAAAAGGUUAUCAGAAUUCCAGAAAGAUAUGUCAGGAUUUUAACUGCAAUAUAGAUCGAUUACUCUUUUUUUAUUUCAUGAAGUAUGUUAAAGGUGAUUUAAGUUUCAACAUGGAAAACUUUUACAAAUGCGUGUGGAAGUUUUUGAAAAAACAACUUACCUAUGAAAACCUUAUGUUAGUGUGGAAACAUCUUCCAAAAUAUUAUAAAAAAAAACCAAUGGAUAGAAUGAGCACUUCGAUCACUGACGGAUCAGUUGCUAACACAAUUGAUGACUUAGAAAGAACUUUAUGUAAUAUGGAUUUGGGCUUAACUGAUAUUAACAUUAUAGAAAAUGCGAAAACUAUACUUGGUGGAUGCAAGAUGAAAGAAUUGCUUUCACAAAUACCAGAACAGUAUAUGGACCAAAAAAUGGUCAUAUUUAGUAUUCAACAAGUUGUAAAAAAAGCCAAUGAAUUGGCGUGCCAGUUAAACGAUGUUGUGCAAGAAUGCAUAAUGCAUGGUAAGACUGACUGUCAUGCCAUUAAUAAAAUGUUUUGUUUGGAAUACAAAAUCAAAGAAUGUUGUUUGACGGAAUACUUGUUGUAUGGUAUUAGAGAACUUAGAAAAGAUGUGUCGAACCUUGUUAACGAGUAUUUAGUUUACAAAAGCAACAACUAUGAAAAUUUUAGAAUUGAUUGUGAACCGUUCACUGACAAAUUUAAAAUGUUUGAAAUGCCGUCGCCUACUGAAGUCUUGGAUAAAAAUAUUUGUAUGGAAUUGGCACAAGAAUUUGAUCCACAAGAGGGUGCAUAUAUUGGUUACCAGUAUAAAUCUUUUGAAAACCACGGGUUUGUGUUAUAUAGUCUUAAAAAAUGUGUAUUGUUCGAUGUUCGCAAAAGCAAUGACAACACGACUGUUUGUAUUUGUUUUGUUGAAUAGAAAGCUAAUCAACAACUUUAAUAAUAACCGAAAAAAUUAACAUUUUGUGCAUGUACAUAAACAACAGUUGAACAAAUAAUAUUGUUAAUAAGUUUUGUAUUUUUAAUUACUAAUGUACUACACAAAAUUUUAAUUUUAAAUGCAAUAUUAUUUUAAUAUGUAUUUUCCUCCGCUUUUAUUUAAAAUUAAAAAAUUGGUGGAUAUAAAUUACAACCUUAGAUCUGUUCUUUUAUAUUUUUUACAAUUUCUCUGAAUUUAUAUUAACUUAUCGAAGGCAGUCUUAUUUUCUUUAAAACUAAGAACCAAUUAUAAUUCGACAAUUUGUGAUAUAUUUUUAAUUUACAAUAAUAGUUUUGCAUAUUAUGUUGUACUUCAAUCUCUUAUAAAUUAAUAAUAUUAUUAGUUGCUUAAUUUUUAUUCAUUUAUUUUUAUUACAAUAAAGUUAAAUCGUUCUUUGUUUUGUUUAUUUUUUGACAUAUUUGCUUAGAUGUUAAGCUGAGAAGGUGCUAAUUUUUUUUUUUUAUUAUGUAUUCGAGUUAUAACUAUCGUUAAAAAAUAUUAAGCAUAGACUUAUUAAGUUUCGAUGCAAAUCUAAAUAUAACAGUGAUGAUUUGUAUUUACUUUUUAUUUAUUUUAUAUAUAUACUUUUUUUUUGAGUAGACCCUUGAAUGUGCAAUUUUUUCUAAUAUAUAUUUUUUUACCCAACAACUUAUUAUUGAUGUUUAAUUUUUUUAAAUGCUUACUAACAUAAUAUAUGUUAAGUCUCAUGUGUUGUGGUGCUAAUUCUAAUCAAUAAAUUGUGUAUCCAAAGUACCUUUUUU